AUGCCCCGCAAGGCUAUUGACUCGCGGAUUCCCGCUCUUAUUCGAAAUGGUGUCCAAGAGAAGAAGCGCAGCUUCUUUGUGGUGGUUGGCGAUCAUGCCAAGGAUGUCAUUGUACACCUGCACUACAUCAUGUCCAGUGUGGACGUGAAGCAGAACAAGUCCGUUCUGUGGGCUUACAAGAAGGACCUGCUCGGUUUUACGAGUCACCGCAAGAAGCGCGAAGCGAAGAUUAAGAAGGAGGUCAAACGAGGCAUCCGCGAGCCGAACCAGGAAGAUCCCUUCGAGCUUUUUAUCACCCUCAACAACAUUCGAUAUGUCUACUACAAGGAAACCGAGAAGAUUCUGGGUAACACCUACGGAAUGUGUGUGCUGCAGGACUUUGAAGCCAUGACCCCCAACUUGCUGGCUCGAACCGUCGAGACUGUCGAGGGUGGUGGUAUGGUCAUCCUGCUGUUGAAGAGCAUGACCAGUCUUAAGCAGCUCUACACCAUGUCCAUGGAUAUUCACUCGAGAUACCGAACGGAAGCACACGACGAUGUGGUCGCUCGUUUCAACGAGCGUUUUAUCCUGUCUCUCGGAAGCUGCGACUCAUGUCUGGUUGUCGACGACGAGCUGAACGUGCUGCCCAUCUCCGGUGGUAAGACCGUCAAGCCGCUUCCUCCCCCCGAAACUACCGACGAGGCUGCCUCUGGACCCAAGAAGGAAUUGAAGGAAAUCAAGGAAAGCUUGGCUGAUACCAAGCCUGUCGGUCCUCUGCUCAGCCUGGCCCGUACCGUAGAUCAGGCAAAGGCUCUCUUGACCUUUGUUGAUGCUAUCGCCGAGAAGACACUUAAGAGCACCGUUGCCCUCACUGCCGGUCGUGGACGAGGAAAGUCCGCUGCCCUCGGUGUUGCUAUCGCCGCAGCCAUCGCUCACGGCUACAGCAACAUCUUCAUUACCUCCCCUAGCCCGGAGAACCUGAAGACUCUCUUCGAGUUCGUUUUCAAGGGCUUCGAUGCUCUUGGAUACCUCGAUCAUGUCGACUACACUAUCCUGCAGUCAACCAACCCCGACUUCAACAAGGCCGUUGUGCGCGUCAAUGUUCACCGUAACCACCGUCAAACCAUCCAAUACAUCCAACCCCAGGAUGCACAGGUUCUCGGACAGGCUGAGCUUCUAGUUAUUGAUGAGGCUGCCGCUAUUCCUCUCCCAUUGGUGCGGAAGCUGAUGGGACCUUACCUGGUGUUCAUGUCGUCUACUAUCAACGGUUACGAAGGCACGGGCCGGUCCCUGUCUCUGAAGCUGAUCCAGCAGUUGCGUGAACAAUCUCGUGGUGGUCUCAAGACGGACGAUACCGAUAUUGCAGACCGUGACACAGGAAAGGCGACCAAGAAUGCCGACAAGAACCUUACAGGUCGCUCAUUGAGAGAAAUCACUCUCGCAGAGCCCAUUCGUUAUGCUCCCGGCGACUCUGUCGAGAAGUGGUUGAACAAGGUUCUCUGCCUUGACGCUACUCUUCCCAAGUCUCGCAUGAACACACAGGGUUGUCCUCACCCGUCUCAAUGCCAAUUGCUCCAGGUCAACCGCGACACGCUCUUCUCUUUCCAUCCUGUUUCCGAGAAGUUCUUGCAGCAGAUGAUGGCGCUCUACGUUGCUAGUCACUACAAGAACACACCUAACGACCUCCAGCUUAUGAGUGAUGCCCCCGCUCACCAGCUCUACGUGCUUGUUCCUCCUAUUGAUGAAGAGGCCACCAAGCUCCCUGAGCCUCUUUGUGUCAUUCAGGUCGCCCUUGAAGGUCGCAUCAGUCGCCAGAGUGUCCUCAACAGUCUCAGCCGUGGCCAGCGCGCCGGAGGUGAUCUGAUUCCGUGGUUGGUCAGCCAGCAGUUCCAGGAUGAGACUUUUGCCAGUCUCUCCGGUGCUCGUAUAGUUCGCAUUGCCACUAACCCCGAGUAUGUUGGCAUGGGCUACGGUUCCCGCGCCAUGGAGCUCCUCGUCGAUUACUUCGAGGGUAAGUUCACCAACCUCGACGAGAACACCGCUGCCCCCGAGGAAGAGAUGGUUCGUGUCACCGACGAAGAGCUCGCCGGUUCCAGCCUCCUGGAUGACAACAUCCAAGUCCGUGAUAUCCGCACCAUGCCUCCUCUCUUCGGCAAGCUGUCUGAGCGUCGCCCCGACGCCCUCGACUACGUCGGUGUCAGCUACGGUCUCACCCCCUCCCUUCACAAGUUCUGGAAGCGCGGCUCCUUCUCCCCUGUGUACUUGCGCCAGACCCCCAACGAGCUCACUGGUGAGCACUCCUGCGUGAUGCUCCGCACCUUGACCAGCGGACCCAACGACCCUGCCUGGCUCGGCGCCUUCGCGCGUGAUUUCCAGCGCCGAUUCCUCUCCCUCCUGUCCUACCAGUUCGGCCAAUUCCCCUCCGUGCUCUCCCUCAGCAUCUGCGAGUCUGCCAACGCUGGCGCCAAGCUCGACGACUCCAUCAAGCCCCGCGCUCUGACAGCCCCCGAACUCAAGCAGACCUUUUCGGCCUUCGACCAGAAGCGUCUGGAAAGCUACGCCAACAACCUCUUGGACUACCACGUCAUCCUCGACAUGGUGCCCACCCUCUCCGAAUUCUACUUCGCCAACCGUCUCUCCGGCAAGGUCAGCCUCUCCGGCGUGCAGCAGUCCAUCCUCCUCGCCAUUGGUCUGCAGCACAAGAGCCUGGAUGCCCUAGAGAAGGAGUUGAACCUCCCCUCUUCCCAGCUCCUCGCCAUGUUCCUCAAGAUUGUCCGCAAGAUCUCCACCCAUUUCCGCACCUUGCUCGAGGAGGAUGUCGAGAAGACCCUGCCCGCCAGAAAGGUCCGUCUUGAGACCUCCGCCGCCCAUGACGACGAGCCCGAUAGCCAGCAUAAGCCCCUGCCUGUGAACCUGGAUGAUGAGCUCCGCGAGGGAGGCAAGGAGAUCGAGGAGGAGAUGCUCGCUAAGCAGCACGCCUUGAUUGAAGCUGACGGAGACGCAAGCUUUAAGCUGCCCAAGCAGACCAAGCGCAAGAAGGGCGAGACGGCGCGCGAGAUCUACGAUCAGGAAAUUGACUCGAAGAGACAGAAGGUCAUCAAGAGGGGCACUGAGGGCCGCAAGAACAAAAAGCACUAA